ACUGACUCUGGCCCACCCACUAAGCGUACUUUCCUCCCACCGGCUGGUCGACCUCCUAGGCCACAAGUCUCUCUCCCUCCUGGGCCCCUCCCGCAUCCAGGAGUUCCACCUACUAUUCAUUGAAAACCCAGCUAUUUCUCUUGAUCUCUCCCCUCGCCUGAACCCGGCUUCCCUCCUGCCUAUCUCUGGCACCGGGGGUUUUCCAUCCCAUUCCUGCCCUCAUGUCAUAGAACCCUUCAAACCACCAAGAGAGGGACUCUGACACCCCUCUUUCAAAUCCGGACCGCACUCUCUUUGUGGACGGUAGCUCAAUACUCGGUCCUGAUGGACGCCGACAGGCAGCCUAUGCGGUGGUAACUAUCUCAACUAUUAUCAAGGCUAACAGCCUCCCAGAAGGGACAACCUCUCAAAGGGCUUAACUGAUAGCACUCACGCGAGCCCUCGACCUCUCUAAGGGCCAAAGGGCCAUCUUUCUCCCUAUGGUCGCAGGCAUUUCCCUAGCCUCCUCUCUCGUUGCUGCGGGCAUCGGGGUAGGAGCCCUAACACACAGUGUCUCAACAUCCCGUGACCUAGAACAGAAACUCCAGCUAGCCAUCGAGGCUUCUGCCGCCUCCAUCACCUCCCUCCAGCGCCAGAUCACCUCAGUAGCCCGAGGUGCCCUCCAAAAUCGACGAGCCCUGGAUCUCCUGAUGGCCGACAAAGGAGGUACCUGCCUCUUCCUACAGGAGGAAUGCUGCUAUUACAUCAAUGAAACAGGAUUCGAAGACAACGUUCCUUCGCAGGCGCAUGGAGGAAGUCUCUCGGGUGGCCACAAACCAAAUGCUACUCGGUCCUUACACCUUGCUUCCUACAGAACCCCUCACUGGUCUCCCCUAAGCCUCGGACCUCUGGUCGCCCGACUCCCCUUUCGACGUCCCCACUCAGCAUGA